CCUUCAGAGCCGGGCCCCUCAGAGCCGCCGCCGCGCCGCCCCCGCCGUGCCAUGCCGUCCCAGAAGACCUUCAAGCAGCGCCGCACCUUCGAACAAAGAGUAGAAGAUGUGCGACUCAUCCGCGAGCAGCACCCCACCAAAAUCCCGGUGAUAAUAGAAAGAUACAAGGGUGAGAAGCAGCUUCCUGUACUGGAUAAAACCAAGUUCCUUGUACCAGAUCAUGUCAACAUGAGUGAACUAAUCAAAAUAAGUAGACAGCGCCUGCAGCUCAAUGCCAACCAGGCCUUCUUCCUGCUGGUGAACGGCCACAGCAUGGUGAGCGUCUCCACACCCAUCUCGGAAGUGUACAAGAGCGAGAAGGCUGAGGACGGCUUCCUGUACAUGGUCUACGCCUCUCAGGAGACGUUUGGAGUGAAAUUGGUGUAAGGCUGGCAGAAGCAUCUCUCCUAGAGUUUUUAAAACCCUUACACCGAGGCAAAAAAAAGGAUGUUACCAACUGAGCUCAACCAGUCAUCUAACCACAGGUCAUCCAAA